AAAACGUACUUUUUAUUAAUUUUGCGAAACUAAUAUAGUAUCAAAUGUAUUCUAAAUAGUUCCAUAUCUACACAAACGAUAAUAAUUAGGCUGGAUAGAAGACGUGUCCUCUGUAUUCAUAUUAACGUGUAAUUAGACAGAGGCCUGUGAAGAGCUGACCAAUCAGGUGGUGGAGAAGAGGCUGUCUCUGGACCGGCUGGUAGACGGCACACGCACCGGGGACUGAGCUCGGGUCGCAGCCCUUCCCUGCUUCGGCAGUGACGGCAGUGACAGCGACCGGACCAACAGCGAAAUUUCUCUUUUUGGCUCUUUAUACCAAGGAUAUCGAGUUAACCUCUGAGUCCAGCAUCAUAACUGGCAUCUUCAGAAUGGCUGACGGGGAGCUGGUAAAGAAGAUGCUGCGGGCCAUCCUCCAAACAAACAAGAGAGGUGUUUCUUUGUCACAUCUUCAAUCUGAGUACAAGGAGCUCACUGGGGAACAGAUACCUCACAGACAAAUGGGACACAACAAUCCAAACACGCUACUUGCAAGCAUGCCUUCUGUAGUCCGUGUGGAGCGCAGCCACUCUGGAGAGAUGAUCUAUUUAGUGUCAGAGGCCAAUGAAUCAGCUAAAAUAGCCAAGGUGGUUGCUCGCCAGCGUGCCUCCAAGAAAACAGGUCAGCCCCACCUUGUGAACACCAGGAUGAGAGUCAAGUCAGCAGCACCGCUCACCAUGAAUGCCAAACCUCAAACCUCACUGAGGCAGCCAGGCAACCGCAGGCGAGGUGGUGGUAGAGCAGGUGGAGGCGGCAGUGGCAGUGGUCGAGAGUGGAAGGGACAUGGUGAAUUCAGACAAGCCAGGGAUAUGAGGGAUGUCCUGUCAGAUAACAAGGCUGGGACACAUCCAAACAGAAUGUCCAAUCAGAACACACCCAACAGGAAAGGGAAUCCACCUACAGAAAAAUCAGACAAGAGGAUGACCUUGCCAUCACGAUUCCAGAAAGAGGUACACACUCACCUGUCCAAAAACUUCCAACACAGUGCAGCAUCCUUAAAUAUGAAUGAGAGGCUCACCUCCGGUAAAGGAAAGCCCUAUAACCCUCAGCAGGUCCAGUUUCGCAUCGGGGAGAUCCUGGUGAAGUACAGCAAUGGAUUCUGGGUGUCGAAGCUGCCACAGAUCUACAGGGAGCUUUACAAACAGGACUUGCCCAAUGAGGCCAUCAAAGACCUGGAGACCUGGACACACAUAUGCACUGUAGAGAAAACCUGCGGCAGUAACCACUCUGACCUCCUUCUUUACCCGGCCAAGGAGCAGACCACUUUGUUCUCUUCACCUGUCACUAACACAAAAUGCAUCACUGACUCUGGCCCUGGCAAACACUUGCAUUCUCCUGCCCAGUGGACAUCUUCCUCUGUUUCUCACUCUUCUCAGUCUUCACCGUCGUCCUCACCAUCAUCCUCCAGCCCCCCCUCCUCUCCUGCCACCCUCAGUCCUGACCUUAGACUGAAACUGGAAGAGUUGUUAAUGAAGUACUGCAAUGGUCUCUGGGCACAUGCGUUGCCCAAACUGUUUGAGGACACAUACAAAACCAAACUACCCAAACAUGUCCUGGAGAACCUUCACCUCCUAUCUGACAUCUGUACUAUUGAUUAUCCAAUGCCUGACAACCCCAAGAGAGCUAUCCUAUAUAGAAGAAGCAGUGAUGGAGACAGAGGAGUAGUAGAGGGAGACAACUGCAAUAGGAGAGACUCCUCAACUAGUGAAGAAGAGCUGAAAGCAAAGGAGGAGCCAGGGAGGAGGCCCAUUGACCAAACAGUGCCUUCUCUGCAAAUCCCCAAUGAGGAAUAUCCAUCUGUACUGGUGAUGGAAGCGAUCAACACUAAUGAAGUCAUACUCAGGUACAUAGGUGAAAAUUACUCCCAGGCCCAAGAGUUAAUGGAGGAUCAAAUGAGGGAGUUUUACCAAAGCAAUCCAACGUCUGUGUCAUCUCCAUCUUUGGGCCAACUUGUUGCUGUCAGAGGCGAGGAGGAGGACGGGAUCCUGAGGGCCCAAAUCAGUGAGGUCAUGGCCGACAAGGUCAAGGUUUAUUUUGUGGAUCAUGGUUUCUCAGAGGUGAUUAGCAAAACCAAAAUGUUUGAGCUCCAUGAGAGGUUUUUCAAGCUCCCCUUCCAGGCCACCAAGUGUAAACUAGCAGGUCUGGAGCCAUUCUGUCAGGAACCAGCAGUCCUAAAGAAAUUUGAGAUGAUGGCCAGUGGUAAGAUCUUGUUGGCCGAAAUUCUGGUGAGAAGUCCUACUCCUUUGGUCGUCCUGUAUGACACAUCGCAAGACGAUGAUAUUAACAUCAACGCAGCCGGCAUGAAAGCUUUGCAGGACAAGACCCUGACAAGUCCACCGCAGGUUAACAGCGUUUACAUGAAUGUGACAGUCAGCAGUGUCUGCUCUGAUGGAACCGUUUACUGUCAGCUGCCGUCCAGAGGUCUGGCCAAGCUGAGUGAGAUACUGAUGAAAAUAGAGUCACACUUUCAUUCACAGCUAACAUCAGAUCUGCUGGUAUCCAAACCUUUCUGUGGAAAGGCAUGCAUGGCUCGCUACAAAGGCAGAUGGUCUCGUGUGGAGAUCACCAACCUUCAUGGGAGCCGAGUGUUGGACAUCCUUUUUAUUGACGUUGGUGUCCAAGCCUCUGUAGAGGUGAUUGAGCUCAGAGAGAUCCCACCACCCUUUCUCCGUGACCUUAUGACGAUCCCACCACAGGCCGUUAAGUGCUCCCUUGCAGACCUGGCUGUCACCGUGGGAUCCUGGACUUCAGAGGCCGUACAAUGGCUUCGGGACAAAGUGCUCAACAUCACUGACUGUAGUCUGAAGGUUGCCAGCGUGGAUGAAACCAAGCGUUUCAUCAAUGUUUACCUCUUCACUGAUAAGAAUUUCCACGAUCCCACCCACAGCCUCAACCAUCAGAUGGCGCACUCUGACCUUUUCCGUCAGCAGCCGGAUGUUUUCCUGACCAGUCACAGCUCUGCAAAAAUCUCUACAGCCACUUUAUCUUCCACCAAUGAUGGCACUAAUGGCAUCCCACAAUCCACCACUGUCAAAGACAGGCCUCAUCUCAAAAAGCCUCUGCCAGGACAUGGGGAUGGUGGAGAAAUUAAAACAAACAUCACAACUCAACAAGAAACAUCAACCUCUCUCCAGUUGCCACAGUUACUGGAGUUACCUGCAGUUGGAAACAACAUGGAUGUGUUUGUGUCGGUGGCAUGUCAUCCGGGUCACUUUGUGCUGCAGCCUUGGAGAGACAUGUACAAACUGGUGGUGUUAAUGGGAGAAAUGAUUCUGUACUACAAUAAAACUGAAGACAAGCCCCUGGACAUAGAGAAGAACCAGAUAUGUGCUGCUAAAGUGGAGAACAACUGGUUCCGUGUCUUGGUAAAAGGAGUUCUGACCAAUGGGUUGGUGUCAGUGUAUGAGCUGGACUAUGGUAAACAUGAAUUGGUCAGCUGCACCCAGCUUCGACCUCUGAUUAAGGAGUUCAGGCAGCUGCCAUUCCAGGGAAUCACUGCUCAGCUGGCAGGAUUGAAGCAGAGACAGUGGUCAGAAGAAGCUUCCAUCGUCUUCAGGAACCACGUGGAGAAGAAACCUCUGGUGGCUCAACUGGAAGCCCUGCAGGAAGCCACAAAUCCAUGGGACAGGAAGUUGACGGUUUUCCUGGUUGACACCUCACAGGAAGAAAGAGACAUCUGGGUGCAUGACAUCAUGGCUGAAUUUGCUGAAGAGUUAACCAAUGAACUGUAGAGGAGAGCUACAAAUGGUGCGCGUGAUAAAGGUGUCUUUGCUAAAAUAGGAAUGAUGGGAAAUAGAAAAAUAGAUAAAACUAACUGAUUAAAAUAAAAAUUAGUGAACAUGAUUUCAAGUAGUAUUUUAAAAUGUAUGGAAUUAAAGAGAGUUAAAAGUAAGUGAGGACUCACGACAAACUGGGUCGCAGCUGCAUUUUAGCUGCGUCUGCGUCUGAACAGAAGAGGAUGUGAGUGAAUGUGAUUUUGAAUGACUGCAGUGUGACCGUCAAACAGUAAGCGUACAUUUUUUCACAAUAGCCUCACAUGCUGUGGAAAUGAAUAGUGCUAGGGUUUGUUAUGGACUUAAACUAAAGUUCACUAUUAUUUAACGUCAUACUGUGGAAGUCACAUGUUGUGAGAAGAGCUGAGACCCCAACAAUGUGAUUUCCAUGCAAAGGGAGUAUAAUGUUGAAAUAAACUCAGCGGGUACUUAAUAAAAAAAAAAAUUUGUUUACAAAAGCAGUUUUUUCGAUAAAGCAAACAUUCCCCCCAACAACAGAAGAGUCGAAGUGCUACAGGCGCAAACAAGCAAAGUUAGUGAAAAUGGACUACUUUAUUUUAACAAACGGUUUGAGAAGAUGAUGACUCAUGAAAUCACAAACGUGCUGUGUUUCUUCUUCAUUCUUUUGAUUUUUUUCCCCCCGAUACAUCCAGGCAGUACAUACUUUCAAGAAGUAAGUAACAGAAGUUGAGGAUUGUGCUAUUAGUUAGCACCAUAACCACUGUUUUUUGCAAUGUAGCCGAGGGCCUGACUGUGAAGUUUGCACAUUUUUACCAAAUGCAUUAGGGCUGUAACACACGUCUAAUCACACCACAUGGUGUGGAUAGAGUGUGAAUCCAUUAAAACUUGUAUUUUUGA